AUGACCAUGGAAUGGCUCGACGAAGUGCUCAUUAAUCUAUUUUCGGACGACGAGAUCACGUCUACUCAAAUCUGGAGUCAUUCCGCGACGAUCAACAAACGUUUUGGAGUGGGAAUGAGUCGUGAAACCUACAUCGCAAUCUAUUCUGGAAUCUCGAACUUCAUCGAAAAUCACCUCAACAAAAUACACAAAUGUGCAGAAGUUUACAAAGGGAACGAACUUCUCGAAAUGUAUGUACAAUAUUGGAGUCGUUAUAGUGAAGCAUCCGACGCUCUUUCCGCAAUUUUCGUUAAAAUCGAUAACUGGACUCGUGGUGAGAUUGAUAAGGGUCGCAAGGAGAGAUAUAUGGUUUAUAUGCUGAGUAUGGUGCUCUGGAAGCGUGAUAUAUUCGAUACACUCGAGCACAAGAUUAUUCCGGCGAUGUUGGAGCUGGUUCGGCUGGAGCGUACCGGUCACACAAUCAAUAAGCGGUUCAUCUCGGCGGUCGUGGAGAAUCUGGUGGAGCUUGGGCUCGAUGAUACGGUAUCGGCGAUGGAGAGGGAGGCGAAGAAACUGGAUAUCUACAAAAACUCGUUUGAGAAGAAGUUCAUCGAGGCGACACGCGAUUUCUAUACCAAUGAGGUUAGCGUGUUCCAUAUGGAGAAUGGGUCUUGCACGGAUUACCUGAUCAAGGUGGAGACGAGAAUCCAACAGGAGGAUAAUCGAGUGACACUCUGCCUCCACUCGUCGACGGGGACACCACUAUCCGGGUGUUGCAACGAUGUGAUGAUCACGAAGCAGCUGGAAUUUAUUCAAGCGCAUUUCGGAAGACUUCUUAUGGAUAAGAUGGACGAUCAUCUCGCGAGAAUGUACAGAAUGUGUCUUCGUGUCGAGAAUGGGUUGCCAGCUCUACGUAAAGCGCUCAAAGAGCACGUCCAGAAGGAGGGAUUGGAUGCGUUGGAACGUGUGGCUGCGGAGGCGUUCAACGACCCGAAGCUCUAUAUGAGCACCCUGUGGGAAGUGCACGAGAGAUAUCAAGGACUGGUGGAUCGAUCGUUCAGCAAAGAACCCGGAUUCAUGAAGUCGUUGGAUAGUGCGGCGAUCGAGUUUGUCAAUAAGAACGCGGUGACGUUGCGAGCGCCACCACAGUUGCAGCCGUUGAAGUCGUCGGAGCUGUUGUCCAGAUAUUGUGAUCAGUUGUUCAGGAAGAGUGCGAAGAUGCCGGAUGAGAAUGAGAUGGACGAUAGCCAGAAGAAAGUGAUGACCAUCUUCAAAUAUCUCGAGGACAAGGACGUCUUCCUCAAAUUCUACACACAAAUGCUGAGCAGAAGAUUGAUCACCGAGCACUCUGCAUCCGUCGAAGCCGAGUCGGCGUUUAUCCAAAAACUUACCGACACAUGCGGAUACGAGUUCACGACACGCCUCACCAAAAUGUUCCAAGACAUUCAAGUCUCGAAGGAUUUGACGUCGGAAUUCAAGGAGAAGUCGGUGGACGACGACGGAAAAAAGUUUGUCGAGUUCAACGCAAAGGUGCUCACACCCAGGUUCUGGCCCUGUCAUUCGGAAAGCACCAUACGUAUUCCAAAAAAUCUUUCCACAAAAUUAGACGACUUUGAGGCAUACUAUGUCGCAAAACAUCAAAGACGACGUCUUACAUGGCUCUACUCGCAGUGUCGUGGCGAGGUGACGACGACUGCUUUCAAGGGAAAGAAGUACGUGUUCGGAGUGACAACACCACAAAUGUGUACGCUUUUGUUGUUCAAUGAGCAGGCGACGUUCACUGCUGAACACAUUAUGGAGGCGAUUGGUAUGGAUGGAAAGUCGACGAAGGCCGUCGUCGGAUCGCUCGUCAAGAAUCAGGUGCUCAAGUCGGAUAAGGCGUUGGAAGGAGACGAGGUGCCACUCAAUGCGACGAUCACUCUGAAUGAUGGCUAUACGAAUAAGAAGGUGCGCGUCGACUUGUCGAAAAUGACGAUGAAGGCGGAGCCGGUGAAGGAAACGGAUAAUGUUCAGAAGGAUCUGGAUGAGGAUAGAAAGAAUAUGAUUGCGGCCUGCAUCGUGCGCAUCAUGAAAGUUCGCAAACAGAUGUCUCACUCGGAACUGAUCCACGAGGCGAUAACUCAACUUUCUGGGCGCUUUAAACCGACUGCUGCAUUAAUCAAAGUAUCAAUCCUGGAUUUGAUCAACAAUGAGUACCUGACACGGGAGAACAAAUUAUUGAAGUAUGUGGAUUAA